AUGCUAACAGGAGGUGUAGACGCGCCCGAGUUCGGGGAGCCCAUAACCAACCUGACGAUUCCCAUCGGGCGGGACGCGACCUUCAAGUGUAUAGUCGUCAAUCUAGGCAAUUACCGGGUGGGUUGGGUGAAAGCGGACACAAAAGCGAUCCAAGCCAUCCACGAGCACGUGAUCACGCACAACCACCGGGUGUCCGUGUCGCACAGCGACCACUUCACCUGGUACCUUCACAUUAAAAACGUCCAAGAGGAGGACCGCGGCCAAUACAUGUGCCAGAUCAAUACAGAUCCUAUGAAGAGUCAGAUGGGUUUUCUUGAAGUUGUAAUUCCGCCUGACUUUAUACCAGAAGAAACAUCUGGUGAUACAAUGGUGCCUGAAGGAGGUACGGCGAGAGUCUCCUGCAAGGCACGAGGAAUUCCUCCGCCACGCGUUAUGUGGAAACGUGAGGACGGGCAAGAAAUCGUAGUGAGAGAUCAAAGUGGAUCUAAGACUAAAGUACUGUCAUACCAAGGGGAGGUAUUGAAACUGACAAAGAUUUCGCGUUCUGAAAUGGGCACAUAUUUGUGCAUUGCAAGUAACGGAGUUCCACCUACAGUAAGCAAGAGGAUUCACAUAAGCGUUCACUUUCAUCCCGUAAUCCAAGUUCCUAAUCAACUUGUUGGAGCGCCCCUUGGUACUGAUGUCACGCUUGAGUGCUAUGUUGAAUCUUCUCCAAAAUCAAUUAAUUACUGGGUAAAGGAUCCAGGUGAGCUGAUAAUACCAUCUGAACAUCACGAGAUGACUGUGAGACAAAAGUCUAUGUUUGAGGCAGAAAUGUCCAUGACAAUCAAGAGAAUUCGACGUGAAGACCUAGGAAGUUAUAUUUGUGUAGCCAAGAAUUCUCUCGGAGAUGUCGAAAGCAAGAUUCGUUUGUAUGAAAUACCGGGCAACGACCGACAUAUCUACCAAUAUCCAGAUGAGAGAACAACAUCAGAUGAUGAAUACGGAACAGAGAUUUACGAUGAUGAUGAAAUUCCGAACAACAAUGAAAACGAGAAAAGCAAUAGAGUGCCGGAUCGUGCAAAUAAAUGGUACUCAAAUGAUGGUAAAAUUGUUGGCGGUGGUCCUCAUAAUUCAUCUAUAAUUUUAACUGCAACACUAACCACUAUAAUGAUCUUCCUUCUUGUUGCGGUCAUA